AUGAAUUUUUUUAUUUUCGUUUAUUUAGAUCCUCUUGCACAAUUUACUGAUGAAACCAAUACGAGUAAAUUAUCAACAAGACAAUCUCUUACUUAUUAUACAUAUAAUAAUAUUCCAUGGAAAUUAAAAAUUCGAAAAGAGGUAUUUUCACCAGCUGAAAUAUUUGAACAACCACUUUUAAUUGAAUUACUCUAUUUACAAAUUGUACAUGAUAUAUUUUCAUCAGUAUGUGUUCGUAUAAGCGAAGCAGAACGAAUAAAUAUGAAGAUAUUUUUAUCUUCUCAUGGUGUUGCAACUAUUGGUGAUAUUCAUUUAAUAAAAACAUCAUCAGCAAAGAAAGAUAUUAUUGAUCAAGCACGUCAAUGGUCAAUAUAUUUCUGUCGAUUUUUUCCAAUUACUACGAUAAAAUCUCAUUUUAAUGAAGAACAAUUGUUAGGUAUAUCACAUUCUGGUAUUCGAUUAAUUAAACGAAGUCGAACAACGACUAACAGAGAUACAUUACAAGUACUUGAAACAUUUCCAUUUGAUACGAUUCAAUAUAUUUCAUCAAUUCGAAAUGGUUCAACUAUUGAUUUAAAUUUAGCGAAGAAGCAUAUUACUAUUCGUUCACAACGGAAAUUAUCACUACCUCCAUUAUUAAAUACAAGUGAUUUAUUUAAAUCAUCCAGUCAAACUAGUUUAAUGAGUUAUAGUCAAACAUUUAGUGAAUUAAUUCCAUCAACAUCAGUAGAAAUUAAUACACCAAAACCAACGAAAAAUGAUGUUAUACUGCCAACAUUAUCUGUAUUACCAACAGGACAUUCUAUGAUGGAAUUUGCUCUACAAAAUUUUAAAAUUCCAAAUAGACGUCCAAUUCAAACGCCACUUCUUCGACGAUCAUCAAAUGAUCCCAGUCGCAUUGUACGACAAUGUUUUCUUGCUAUUAUGCGUUAUAUGGGUGAUCAUACUAUGGCACGAGGUCAAACUGAUAUUGAUUGUCUUAUCUAUCUACUUAAAAAUAUGCAUAAACAUCGAACGUUAAUUGAUGAAAUUUUAUGUCAAAUUAUAAAACAAUUAACAGAUAAUAAAAGUAUAAAAAUUGAUAGUGUACAACGUGGUUGGAAAUUACUUGCAAUUAUACUUAAUUAUUUUAUUCCAAGUGAACAUUUACAACCAUAUUUUAUAAAAUAUCUUCAUGAUAAUCGAAUUAAAAAUGAAAAAUUAGUACAAUUAUGUUUAAAUCAUUAUGAGCAAACAUUAAAAUAUGGUGGACGAAAAAAUAUACCAAGUAAAGCAGAAAUAGGUCUUUUAACAGCUAAUGGUCAAAAUGGAGGAAAACACCAGACAUUUUUAUUACCAGGUGGAUUUCCUUUGACUCUAUUGGUAACACCAUCGAUGGUAAUGGAUGAUUGUCUUAAUUUACUAUGUGAACGUCUUAACAUAUCAAAUAUAUUAGAAAAUGAUGAAUAUUCGAUUUUUAUUAUAAUUACUUCGGAACAUUCAUCUCGUCUAUUAAAUUCAACAGAAUAUCUUUUUGAUAUUAUAAGUGAAUGUGCUCGAGCAAAUAUAAUUGAUUUUCAUUUCAUUAUUAAACGUAUGCUUUGGUUUAAUAUUCCAAUCAUAUUUAAUAAUAAUAAUCAAUCAGAAAUGUUCAUUAAUUUUAUGUAUCAUCAACUUAUACCUGAACUACUUGAAGGAACAAUGAUUAUUCUAAAUAAUAAUCAUCUUUCGGAUAAACUUAUGCAAGAAAUAUCAUUACUGGCUGCUCUUCAAUAUCGUGCUUCAAAUAAAAUUGGUCUACCAUCUAUGAGAGAAGUUAAACAUCUUCUUCCAGCAACGGUAUUAAAAUUAAAAAGUGUUCGUCCUCAAGAAUGGACAGCAGCUAUUCAUGAUAAACUUUGUGGACUUGUUGAAUCAAUGUCAAUUAUUGAAGCUAAGAUUAAAUUUAUAAAUCUUAUAAAAACAUGGCCAUUAUUUGGUACAACAUUUUUUACUGUUCAGUCCGUUGAUAAUCCAUCAAUUCGAUCACCAUGUUUAAUUGGUAUUUAUAAAAAUGGCAUUUUAUUUCUUGAUUUAGAUACUCGAGAAACUUUGUUUACAAUUCCAUAUGAUAAUAUCGUAUCAAUUCGUCGUCAUCAAACAACAAUUGAUAUAAAAUAUGGUAGUUUAAGUCAACCACAUAUUCUUCAAUGUCAACUUGAUAGAGCUCAAGAUCUCGUAGCAUUGAGUGGACGAUAUUUAAGUUUGAUUGGUCGAAGUUUAACAUCAGCAUUGGAAAGAAAGAGUGAUACUCAACAAAUACAUAGAUCAUUAACAUCAACAUAUAAUGAUCCGAUUAGCACAAUAUUGUAA